AUGCCUCUGAGUCCGGCUGCUGACACCAAACAUGAACGCCCGCGGCAACAAGCGGUUACAAACGGCAACCCCACGGGCUCUGCUGUUGCCAGGGAUGACGACGAAGAUGACACGCCCUCCGGAAACAGUAUCGUUGUCCGCAUUGGCAUCCCAGACCUGCAGCAGACGGUAAAAACACUAUUUUAUACAUAGAUGAUAAAUUAAGUUUAAAACUGAAGUUCUUUACUGAGAGAUUAAGAAGAGAAUAAAGACAAUGAAUGAAUCAGCAGGACAAAACUGUGUGUCUGUCUGUCCAUGUCUGUCUCUUUCUCUGUCUGUCUGUCUCUGGCCCUCUCAGAAGUGUUUGCGGUUGGACCCAGAGUUACCAGUUUGGACCAGUAAGCAGAGGGUUCUGGUGACGUUGACUCAGUCUCUGUCGGAUGUUUUGAACUAUGGUCUCUUCCAGCCGGCGUUCAAUGGCCGAGCCGGAAAGUUUCUGGAUGAAGAGCGGCUGCUGAAGGAGUAUCCUCUCCCUCCCAUCACGCCCAUCCCAUACCUGGAGGUACAGUUUAUCUGAUUUCACAAAUCUGUAGAUUAAAUCCUUGGUUAAUCUCCUUUUUAUUUAACGAUAUUAAAGUGUUAUUUAAAGCAGCUCACAUAAUAGGUCAUAAUAAUUAUCCUUAAAGAAAGAGUAGAUUAGCAGAGAUCUCAAAAACUCCUGGGCAGAUAUACAGUCUGGUUAGUUACUUAAAGUCAAGGUUGACGAUCUGAGAAACAGUUGAACAAAAACUGAGCCGUUGAGGCAGAUUUGAAAAAAGCGUCCCACCCCCACACACAAACCUCUCCCCUCUGUGCUCCACGAUAACUCCCCCCUGAACCUGUAUCACCCUCCCCACGACACACCCCCGCUGGCAGAGUAAGAAGGCGGCCGGCAGAAGAUCCUACGCUAGCUUCAAAUAGGAUUCAAUAUGUCGUAUUGCUAGUGACUAGCAGCAGUAAACGCCUCCUCUGCUAGCGAGCAGCGUCUGCAGCUGCCUGGACAGCUACCGUGUUGACAUUGAAAAGACUAAUAAGAUUUAUUUAUGUAACAUGUGCCACGAUAAAAGGCGAUAAAAAUUACCUGUUCAACAAAAACUCUGCUGUCUCGGCGUCUGUUUUCAGGCCCAAAUCCUGGCAGAGCUUUCUCCGAAGGAUGACCCGAUGUUUAUUCAAGUUAGAUUCCUCACUUGGUCAUGUUUCCUCUUCGUCUCUGCCCUUUCUUCUGUCGGCUUGCAUUUUCCUCCCACUUUUGGCGUUAGGGCAAGCAAAAGUGGUUGUUUUGUGUCCUUCUCCAUCACAGCUCCUCUAGCUAAGCUGCUACGCUACUUUUAGCCACUCAGACCUCCGAGGAGGGCCGAGUGGGAGGGGACAAGUCGGAAACACGGGAGAGAGGUGUGUCGAAUACAGCGAGGUGAUUGGAUGGUGAGGCAGAGCAGGAGAUUGACCAAUAGGAGCUGUCCGGGACAGAUGGCUCCUAUUGGUCAAUGUUUUUUGCAGCCCUGCACCUGCUAGGGUGAACAUUCUUUUUUCUUUUCACUUUGUGGAGAUCGCACUAUUGGACCGAGAUCGCCAUAGAAACGAGGUUCAUAAUAAUUACCAAUCUCUCCAAUCGUGAACCAUGCCUUUAAAUAGUAGUUCAAGGAUGGAUUCAAAGUCAGUGACGUGCAGGGAUAAACCAGUGCCCUCAGUAUUGAUAAAGCAUCUAUCUAUCUAUCUAUCUAUCUAUCUAUCUAUCUAUCCAUCCAUCCAUCCAUCCAUCCAUCCAUCCAUCCAUCCAUCCAUCCAUCCAUCUAACGACUAGUAGAGAGGAUGCCUGCCUCCUGGACCCUCUUGAACAUUUAACCUGUGCAUCAUUGAGGUUGAUGCACGGGUAUUUUGUGCUCUAUAGUCAGGAAAAGAGGAUAAACUAGACAUUUUAGGGCUGUUUUUUUUUUUUUUAACAUCCAGCGUAUUUUUAUUAUCUUUUGUUUUUUUCUUGAGGUUGAUUAUGAAAAAUCAAGUCCUUGAUGACUUGAAUAUUUGAGCUUCGGUUCAAACCAUCACCAACCUUUCCCUUAUUUAUUCACAGUUUCGUUACAAGCGGAGAGUUUACACGCAGAGCUACGUGGAUGACAAACAGCUGGCUAAGCUUCACACAAAGGUACGCACACAUAACAAAUACACCUCUAGUGAAUCACAUUAAGUGCGGCUAUAGACACAGGUAUUGUCCUUUAAGCAGGUCUAGACAAUAGAAAGCCUUUAAAGUGUGUAAUUAUGUAUAUUUACUCCCACUCGUCCUUAAAAUAACAGCACCAAUCACUUUUGUAUUCAGUGUUUUGACAAAUAUCUCCUUUUUUUCUCCUCUGAAUGCCCCAUUGAAGAUAUUGUUGUACUUUGAUGCCAUUGUUUUACAGGCCAACCUUAAGCGCUUUAUGGAUUAUGUUCAUCAGAAAAAUGUGGAAAAGGUUGCCAAAUGGUUGGAAAAGGGCCUGGACCCAAACUUUCAUGAUUCUGACAGUGGAGGUAAGCUGGAAAAAACACACUGUAAUAUUAACAUUUCAGUUUUUAAUUUCUUUUUAAAUUCAUCUGUUUUACUGUAUGUUCAUUCUGCUGUGCAUGUUUUAAAGGCUGUUUUAUUCAUGUUUUUAGUGCCAGGCACCAGAAUAAACCUUAAAAAAGCCGUUAUGUAAAUUGUGUGUAUAAUUGACGACCUAAAACUCCUCCUCAAGUAAUUAAAACCUCCACAUUUCCAGAGCAAACACUGACGACAUGACCCCUGUGUCCCCAGUCCCACAUACUUAUUUUAUAUCCUGUGAUGUGCUCUCAUUUUGGAACAAUAAUAACCUUCCUGUCUGGGCUGUUUGUGUCUCAGAGUGUCCUCUGACUCUGGCGGUCCAGCUGGAGGAGAGCUGUGAUUUGAUUAAAGUUCUCCGCAGUGGAGGAGCUCACCUUGACUUCAGGACCAGAGAUGGCAUCACCGCUCUGCACCGGGCCGUCCUCUGCAGGAACAGCACCUCCCUCACCGUGAGGAAAAAACACAACUCUGUGAUGUUUCAUAUUUCUCAGGGACAAAAGACAGCAGUGGAAAGAUUAUAAAUACAUUUACUCAAGAAGAGCUGCGUCUAAAGGGAGUUCUUGUACAGAGCCAAACAAUAAAUUGCUGUUUCAUUGCUGCUGCAGUCAGAGCAGUGGCAAUAAACACAUCGCUUAAUAUGAGCUUCUCUAUAAAUAAGAAAAAUAUUGAACGUAAGUGCAACGAUUAAAUGCAACCAGCAUGAAGUCCAAACUAUCUCAUCGGCUUUAUCAUCCCACUAUAACCAGUCGGAUACUUCUCAUUUAACAGUAUUGUACAGCUAUAGCUUUUAAAUAGCUGUUCUUACAUCAUUUUUGCAGCGUUUUGUAAUCUCUAUCAGCAGUAUGCAAGUCUGUGCAUUUUCUGCGAGUGAACAGAAACUCCUCACAGAAGCUUUAAGCUUUAGUGUUGUUGUAAAAUCAGUCUGGUGAUGCUGCCUCUGAUGCGACUACAACCAUCACAGCAGCUGUUACUUGUACAACUGCAGCUUUUAAGUAGCUUCUCUUAUGUUCACAUUUUCAGCAUCUCCACACAGGAAGAGCAUUUUUUUCUGGUUUGAGUUUGUUUUUUUGUUUUAACCAAUCAGAUCUUCACACAAAAGCUUUAAAUUUAUGUUUGCACAUGAUUUUCUUCCUUUAUUGUGCAGGCCUGUUCUUGGGUCCUAUUUUUAUGUAUUUGGGGGUUUACAUUACCUAUAGGCAGGGCUCGACAGUGUGACCAUUUCACUCGGAUUUGUUACUAAAAAUAGAUGUGUGAGAAUUAUAAAAUGUAUUUAGGGGCACAUGUGCACAUAAAAAAAAUUAGCUGAGGCAAAAAAUGUUUUUUCAUGUAAACAGAGCAGUGAAGUUAGUUUUAGGUUGGAUAUCCGACGGACAUUCACUGCAGAUGUUCCAGUGUCCUCUAACUCUCCAUAAUUGGGAAUAGCAACAGCAGCACGGUUAAAUCUACUUGGCACCCUCGCUGUCAACGUCAGAUGUUGAAUAAGGGACCAUCAAUAAAUUACUGUUGAUUUUCUCAAAAAAGGCUGUUUUCCUUCAAUAGCUUCCAUGUCAUGUGACCAAUUGACCUCAAAUUGAUUUCAAAUAAUAAUACUAAGGUCGGACAGUAAGACACACCUCUUUAUUUCCCUAAUUUGUCCACUAAAAAUUCUUAAAUUUUCUUAAAUUAAAAGGCAAAUUUUGAACAUUUUUCCUAAAUAGCUUCUAUGUCCUGUGACCAAUUGACCUAAAAUUGAUUUCAAAUAAUAGUAGUAAAAUCGGACAGUAAGACAAACAUUAUUUGAUCAAUUUUCAACGUGCCCCUAAAGUUCUUUGUGUGCUCCUUAGUUUUUUAGGAGCACAUGUUGUCCUUGUGAAGAAAGUUUGUGUCAAGCCCUGCCUGUGGGUACAAAAGGUUUGGGAACAAAUCUGGUUAACUUGUUCCAGCUUGUAGCAGUAUACAAGAUUGUUAUAGCUACAACACAAUCCUUGGUAUUAAUGACUCCACAGGAAUUCUGUCUGCCCAAAGUUCUUGUUUUUGUCACAGAAAGGCUCAGAUUGAUAAAAGAUUCUUACAGAUUCAAACCUUUGAGAUAAAGAGUCAGUUGUUUUCUGUUGUUUUACAGUCUUCUCAUGCAGUUCUGAAACUUUUUUGUACACUUGAAUCAUUUAACCCUACAAAUUUACUAAAAAAAAUGGGCACAGGUUAAAAACAGUGGACUCUCCCUUUAAAUUGAACCCUACCCUCUGCCUCCUCUCUGUCUCCAGACUCUCCUGGACCUCGGGGCGUCUCCAGACUACAAGGACAGUCGAGGUCUCACCCCGCUCUAUCACUCUGCCAUGGUUGGCGGCGCCCCCUACUGCUGCGAGCUGCUGCUGCAGGACCACGCCACCAUCGGUACGGAGGCCCACAAGGGUCAAACCUGUGUUGCAUCCAGAUGUCUGUUAUGAAACACCUACACCUGUGAGAGCUUGAUGACAUCACAGCUGACCUCUGAACUUUUCACUGUGGCUGCUUUUGUCUGUUAAUGUUUGUUUGUGUCUGUCGUGAGAGAAAACACUUAACCAGUGAAAGCACCCUUGUUGUCAUGGUUACAGGGAUGACGGAUGAGAACGGCUGGCAGGAAAUCCACCAGGUGACACUCACACACACACUUCAGCACAAACACACACACAUACACAUACGUACAACCGGUUAAUUACUCGCCCUGAACAAUUAUAAUUCUGUGGGUGUUUGUGUGCGUGAAUUCAGGCCUGUCGCUUUGGCAACGUGCAGCACUUAGAACACCUGCUGUUCUACGGGGCGGACAUGAGUUCCCAGAACGCUUCGGGAAACACUGCACUGCACCUGUGUGCUCUGUACAACCAGGUAACGCAGCAAACUCACAAUGAAAGUUUCAGUUUUCAAACAUUUUUCACAUUUCUAUAUAAACAAUGUUCGUUUAACAGUUUUUUUAAGUUUUAACAUCUAAAAGUUUAAAGUCGUAAUAAAAAUUUUGCUGUGGAUUAUUGCAGGACAGCUGUGCCAGAGUGCUGCUGUUCAGAGGAGCAAAUAAAGACAUCAAAAACUACAACAACCAAACUGCCUUCCAGGUAAAGACAGAAGAAAAACUACAAAAUACAAAUGUCCAGUCAGUAACAUGACAUACUGUAAAAACUGAGGUGAAGAUACAGUGAACAAAACUGCAUUUCAGGUUAGAUAACAAAAAACUACAACUUCCAUAAAGCUUGGAAGGUAAGCUUAGUGUUAAAAAGUUAAAUAGAUCGUUAAUAUUCAACCCAUAAGUUGUGUCUAAGCUGUAAAAAGCUACAGCUCUGCCACUAGACGGUGCUACAGCUGCUGCCGUGAUGAUUUAAUGGUCCACGACCUGGAUGGAAACAAGCACAGAUGACACCCGGCAUCCGGCCUGUUUUGUCAGAAUUUUUAUCAAGAAAGUGUCAAUAAAGUUGUCCGGUAAACUGACCAGCAACCACUUGACCACUUGACGGUCUUGCGAGGACCGAAGACUGUUGAUGUUAGCUCCACUCUGCUAACCAAUUUGACACCUCUUGUGCAAACUCUAAGUUUUAAGGUCCUUAAAACUUUUCCCGGGGAAAGUCCCGCCUCCUUCGCCUCUGAUUGGCUUGAAAAGCUGGAAAUGUCAUCACAUGCUCAAGCCAAACGGUCAGCACUUAUAGCCAAUCAAAGGCAAUAAGAUAAGCACAUGAAACUAUGGUAACAACCGUUAGCUUACGUUAGCACAGAUGAAAGUUAAAACAAAGACGUUUAGCAAACUGUUAAAGCACACAAACCAUCGUCAUAUGAGAGAUCCGACGCUAUGUUGUCCUUCAGGUCGUUAUCUUUGUAAUGUUUGUGUCUUUUAUCAAAAAGCACUCUGUUCUCCGACAUGUAAACAAUCAGCCGGUCGGCCAUGUUGGAUAUACUGGUGAAUCCGACGUCGCAAAAACACGCAAUCUGAUUGGUUAGAAGUGGACACACAGUAUGCAAAACUUUAGAAAAAGCGACCAUGAUAAGAAAAAAUAAAUGCCGCAAUAUCGCAGGACGGGAAAACGUCGCUGAUGUGAACGCUUGUAUUGACGUCCGAAAUAAUCGCAUGACAAAAACAGUCCCGGUGUAAAAGGACCUUCAGAGACAUAUUUACAUAGUCGAUUCAUACACCAUCAGUAUCUUUAUGGUAUCUAAAGGUAGUAAAAUAAACUAUCUUUGAGCUUAUAUAAGAUGCAUUUAUAAAAAUCUGAAACUCCUCUUCUUGAAGUAAAAAUUAGGUCAAAGGAAAUGGACCAUCUUUCUUUGAUUAUUUGAUUAAAACUUAUCCUCCUGAAAAGCUCUUUAGAGGAAACUACUAAGCCCUUUCUAAAACCCUGAAAUCUUUAUAUUUUUGUUCUGUUUGUAAAGACUUCAGUUGGAAUUAAAUGGGCUUUGGCCUGAAAACAGACGGCAAGGCCAGAAAGAACAGAAAGCUGGACUAAAACAUGAAGAAAACACAAUGAGAGACACAUCUAUAAGAAGGGCAGACUCUUCCUUUUAAUGGAUUUAUAUGAAAAACAACCGUCUGAUCCAUCUGUUGGUGUUGUGAUACAUAAGCUCUUUGUGCGUGUGUGUAGGUGGCGAUAAUUGCUGGAAACUUUGAUCUCGCAGAAAUCAUCAAGAUCCACAAAGCCUCUGACGUUGGUGAGUUUGCUCAGAGAGUGAACACAUUAAGCGGUGUGUCUCAGUUUGAGCUCAGACGUAACGUUAGCUGGUUAAGUGAAAUCUCUCUGUGUGUGUCUUUUCCGUGUCUAAGUAGUUCCCUUUAGAGAAACUCCAUCCUACACGAAGCGCCGACGAUUCGGCGGAUCCAGGACGACGGCUGGGAACGGUCUUUCUUCUCCUCGCUCCCUGAUUCGCUCAGCCAGCGACAAUGCUCUGGAAAGCCCCGCCUCUUCUCCUGGCCCCUCCCUCCAAAGCCUGGAAACGCAUCAUGACACGCAUACGCACUCUCUUCGACGACACACACGCCGCCUCAGGUACGAACAAGUAAACCACCAACAUACAAACUUAUUAUUAUUCACAUUGUUUUUUUCUGCACAGCAUCUGGUGCAGAAAUCUGUUUUUUCUGCAGUUCUGGUGGAUUUAGAUAUAAAGUUUGCUUCUCUACUAAUUUAGAUGGCCUUGCAUCCAUUAUUAUUAGAGUUUGUUUGAGAUACCAUCAGUUCUGUUAAGUUGUCAGUAUCUGCGUUGGUGCAGAAGGUAUUUCUGGUAUAGAUUAAGAACAUACUGGUGUAGGUGUAGUAAUGCUAAAGGACUGGGACUCCUGUAUUAGUAUUGAUCAAGCCAGCACCAAGUAUUAUUCAGUUUGCAUCUGAUCAGCUGAGGAUAGAGGGUUAGUGGUCCUAAGAUGAAGCAAACAGCACUUUGGUUUGGUGGAGUUGGCGACACGGUAGACUGUUGUCCGACACUAACAUGGAGGGUGUUGUACAGCCGCACUGCAGCAGGUGUAAACAUCUAAUCUUCCAAAACUUGCAGCAUUUUGGCUAAACUUGACAAUGAAGUGACUGAAAAUAGUUAGUGUGACUGUAGCGAGUGUCAUUACAGCUGUUGGACAAACAUUGGACACGCUUUGUUUAAGAUUGGCAGCCAUGUUUCUCAUGAUGGCAUCAGUUUGUUUUUGACAUCUGGUAUCAUUGCCACUGUUGUCACCAGUAGUGUGAAUGUAGUUGAACGCAGUACAGCUGUAGUUUGCAAAUGAAAAUGAACGUUUUGUCUGACCGUUGCUAGGGUGACCAUACAUCCUCUUUUACCUGGACAUGUCCACUUUUUGGGGGGCUGUCUGGCCUUGUCUGGGGGAGUUCAUAAAAUUGUUUAAAUGUCCAGGGUUUUGUAUGGAAGUUUUGAGUUUGUGUCACAUGGACUUACUGAGUUAGAAACACAUAAAAAAACACUCAAUCUGACCCCAAAAACUCUCAAAAUUAACUAUGCCCGAUUCUGUGACUCCGCUAGCCUGGCUGGGCCAUCCAGUUGUGUGAAUCACUUGCCGUUCCUUCCCACAACAGUCUGGACUGCGGCCAAUUGGGAGCGUGUAUUACAAAUCAGAAAAUAAUAUCCAACGUUUUCUGUGGAUGUAAACGAUUUCUGCCAACUUUGCAAAGUCAACUGCAGAAUUAACGGCGUUCUGAAAAGUCCUGCAGCAUGUGUUAGACGUCACCAUCUACACAUGGACCAAUCAGGGGCUGCCUUUCCCUGUUGUCCGGGGAACAGUGGAAACACAGUCACUGAUUGGCCCGGUUAUUUUCUGAUUUCUAAUACACGCUCCCAAUUGGACGAUGUCCAGACUGUUGUGGGAAGGAACGGCAAGUGAUUCACACAACUGGAUGGCCCAGCCAGGCUAUGACUCCGCCCCCUCGUAGUUGUGUCCUCUUUUUGGGGAUUCAGGAUAUGGCCACCUUAGUCAAUACAACUGUUGAACAAAUGCUGGGCACACUUUAAGAUUGGCGACCAUGUUUCUCAUGAUGGCAUCAGUUUGUUUUUGAUGUAUCAUUACCACCUAAAGUAUGAAUGUAGUUGGAUGCAGUAAAGCUGUAAUUUGCUAAUGAAAACGGACCUUUUGACGCUGUCCAAUCAUUGCUGUAUUUGCAAGGUGUUGAGCUUAAACUGGCAGCUGUUGUAAAGUGGCCAGAUGUCUCUGAUUUCCGGGGACAGUUCCCGUAUUGGAUGACCUGUCCCCGGCUAAAGCUGUCCCUGGAAAUGUCCCCGAUUUAAGCGUUUCAUGAAUGAAAACAAAAAUGUUGCGUGUAGACUAGAACAAUAGUUAUUACGGUAGCCGAGUAGGUAGGAAGUGCGAGUAAGCAUGUUGCGUGCAGUCCUGAACAUUCAUGGGGGGCGUGUGCUGCUACUCUCCAGAAGUAUAGGCACCUCCACCCCCACAAUGUUCCUGCAUUUCAUUACAGAAAUCUUGUCACCUUUAUCUGUAGGGCUGAAAGGACAGUUGCUUUACUUUGAAAUUGUCCGUCUCAUAAGAUGGUAACUGCAUGACUGUAGUGUGCAACAGUAUGACUGUUCUUGACAACAGUUUGGCUGUUUUGGUAAGCAUGGUGCAUGUAUCUCUCUAUGGCAUGGUGUACUGCUGUUUUUGGCGAGUAUACAGUCCAGCUGGCACCAGUAUUACCUUUCUUGGUAGCAGCACGACUGCGGUUGGCAACGGCAUGGCUGUAUCUGGCAGCAGUAAGACUGUUGUUUGACACAUUCUGGAUGAAAUUUGGCUGUAUUUUAAAACAGUGAUGCUUUCAUUGGCUGCUGUGCAUCUGCAGAUGGCAACAAUUAUGCUUCAGUUGGACACAGUAUGGAUUUACUUAGCAACAGAAUCCCUUGAUCUGGCAACACUAGACAGCAAAAUGUACAGCGGCUCUUGAGAUGGCAACAAUACUAUUGUAGAUUCAGCAGUGGAGAUUAAGUUGCAGCAAUUCAGCUUAUACAGGUCAUAACAUCUUUUGCUGUUGUAGGCAAGACAACAGCUUUAGUUGCUAACAAUGUAGUUUGAAUCAUAUUUCUGUGGCUGGAUGUGGAAUGACUGGUGUUCAACGGUAAAGCUCUGAUCUGCAACUGAAUUUCUUUAGAUUUCCUCCGGUACAGUCGUAGUUGGCAGCAGUCGGACUGUACUUGGCAGCAGUUGCUGUAGUUGGCAGCAAAGAGAAAGUUGUUGGCAACAGUGAUGCUGUAUUUGGCAACAGUGCAUGAUGCAGUUGGCAACCUACCAUCUUAAGCAACAGUGAUGGGUUGUCCGUGUCAUGCACAGAGUUUGGCUGCGGUCUGCAACAAUUUGAAGAUUUAUGCAAAAAAAACUUUGGGUUUCGUUAGCAACAGCCUGACUGUAGUUGUGAUAAAUUGGCUGAUGUUGGCAAUAGCAACACUCAACUUGGACCCAGUAUGGCUUUGGUCAGCAGGAGUGUUAGUUUAGUUGGCAGCAUUUUAUACUUACUUGGCUUCAGUGCAACUAUUAAGAACGGUGUGACUGUAGUUGUGCAUGAAGGCUGUGUUUCAAAACAAACUGUGGUUUGAGAAGCUGCAGGGCUGCAGGUUGCAAAAGUUUGACUGUUGUUCGCAGCAGUAUGGGUACGGUAUGGCUUUCUUUCAGGGAGUUAGUAGAUUUCAGUGUGUUGCAGAUUAUGUAUACAGCUCAAAGGAAAAUGUUAACAGUCAACAUCUAGAGCCGAUUUGAAAAAAGAGAUAAAGUUGUUAUAAUUUAGAAGGAUUUGAAAUAUUUAAAAAGCCAAGAUUCAGAACUAAACUGAAGGAGCGCUGUGUUACAGUGGGAGGAAUAAGUUUGUGGAACAAUCUGAACAAAGAAACCAAAUUAUAUCUUUAAAAAAGUCUUAAAGCCAGUAUGUUGAGUAAAUACAGGGAAAUAUGUUAAUCUAAGUCUUGGUAUGUUCGUCUUUUCUGUUCGUUUUGUGGUUUGUUUUUGAAAAUAGGAGAUGAACUGUAAAAAGGCAUGUUGUUUAUUUUUAUUAUGUGUUUAGUUGAUUAAUAUGUUGUGACAGAGGAGCAGACUCUUUAAGAGUUUUCUUCUUUCUGCUCCUUUUCAUUCACGUUUUAGAUUUUGAAUGUUUUAACCCUUUCAUGCCUUAAACCACAAAUUAUGGCCAGAAAAUUCAAAUUUUUUGGAGCUGAAAUUUUUAUUUAACUUACCACUGAAAACCCAAAAAUUCAAAAUGUCCUUCAAAUUUAACAAAAUUUUAUUUAUCUGGUUUGAUACAUUAGAUAUUUUUGGAAACUGAUAAACCACAAGAGGACAUUUUUAUCAUUUAUCUGACUGUAAUAUGGUGUUUUUUAGUAAUUUGUUUAUCAUAUUGAUUAGAUAAAAGUAUCAUAAAAGUAUGUGUCAAAUAUGAUACAAAAAGCCCUAAAGGGUUAAAUAUUAUCUGAAUGAAAUAAAUUUGUAAUAAAUGGUACUGAUUGAGUAGGCAACAGUGCAGCUGCAGUUGGUAACAAUAUGUCUGGAAUCUUUUUUAUUGAGGUAGCUGCAGCCAAAGUGGAGCAACAUCGCAGCUGUGCUUGACAGAAGCUUUAACUGGCAACAGUUUGACUGUAGUUAGCAUUAGCAUAACUUUAACAACAAAACUGCUAUUGAUGACAACAGUAAGUUUGGAGCAACCCAACAAACAAGAUCCAUAUAUUUAUGUAUUUAUAAUAAAUACUAAUACUAGAUACUUAGAUUUUUCAAACUGAGUAUACAAAGCAAACUAUGUACUCAAUCGCGCAGUGCGCAAGUUUUGAGGGUGCAGUGCUGUCCCAAAUCGCAUACUGCCGCACAACGCAUACAUAUUAAACAUUUGGAACUUGGUAACUAAAGAUGAACUAUUUACAAAUUUAGCAUUUAAAACUAGAAAGAAACUAUUUACGAAAAAAUUACUUUUGAAAUGUUUUUAUAUAAUAUAUCAAAUAUUAAUACAAAACAAAAUAUAAUAUAAAAUAUAAAGGUAACUUAUUACUAACACCUGUACAAAGCUCCCAAGUCGACUGUCGUCGACCCACUGGCACCACAGCCGUCUGCAGCCAUUCUUACAGAUGAAAUGAGUGCGGGCGAGUGUCCACAGUCGCAUACUCAAAAUCUUGACCGAUUUGAGUACGUCAUCGGGGUACUUUUGCAUACUCAAUUUUCGCAUACUAUCCAUACUUUUUUUCCAUUUUGAGUCGAGUAUACUCAAAAUUUUAAGUACUUAGUAUGGAAGUAUGCAACAACUCCACAACUACACAGCCGUACCUCAUCAACGACAAUCCCCACCAGGUUUUCACGGUACACUUUAGGAAGGAGCAUAUUUCACCAGUAAAUCUUCAUAAAACUGCAGCUGGAGUUGAAUUAGGGCUAAUCUCACCGGCUGCCGUUGUUUUCAGAAUCAACAUAUCUCCACUGAUUGGUUCGGUCAUUCUCUCACCAGUUUGAUGUUUUGCGGGAUCUGCUCGAUGACAGUGUAUGGACAAAUAGCCGCCCUCGUAACUCUCCGUCUGUAAGUCCUUCCUGCUUCUUUCUGUCUGCAGCCCGAGCGGCGGAGGCCACGUUGAAACCAGUCCCCCUUCCUCCCCUCCCCUCACCCCCCAGAUGAGGAAGAGGAGGCUCUACAGCGCUGUACCCGGACGCACCUUCAUCGCCACUCGGUCCCACGUCCCCCAGGGAACCGGAGAGAUUCAGCUGCACCGUGGGGAGAGGGUCAAAGGUCAGUCAGUGGUAAUGACAGAAUCCUGAUCUCCUGAUCUGAAUGAAGUGAAAAGUUCUGAUCUGACUCUGUGCGUUUUGGAUUUUCAGUUCUGUCGAUCGGUGAAGGAGGAUUCUGGGAGGGAAGCGUUAAAGGAAGAACUGGAUGGUUUCCCGCUGAGUGUGUUGAAGAAGUUCAGAUGAGACAAUAUGACCCACGGCUGGGUAAAUAAAAACCAUUUAGACAAGAUCACCAUGAACAAACCUGCAUGUGUGGAUCAUGAAGACUUUUUUGAUGUAAAACGUCUCAGCAUCCAAAUAUGUCUCCUCCACAUGAUUCCAGAAACAAGGGAGGACCGCACCAAGAGACUGUUCAGACAUUAUACUGUUGGAUCCUAUGACAACUACACCUCCUACAGGUAAAGUACAGUCAUUACACCUCCUGCAGGUUAUUUGUAUUAACUCUAAACCUCCAACAGAAAAUGUACUGAUACUGUAGGUAUGUACCGACUUUGGUCCGAGACUCUUUUUAGAUUUUAUUUUGAUAAUAAUGGCUUAUAGCUCAGGAAAUUCAGAGAUCCAAAGGCAUUUCUAUCUUUUGAAAAGCAUGUUUAUUGUAAUAAUUAGUUGGGGUUCCUUUACAGUGAUUUCCAGCAUCAAUGCUUGAUGUUCUGGAGCCUGAGUUGCUUCAACAGAGACCUUCAGCUAGUCUAAUUUUUUGGGGGGUUGGCUGUUUCCCAUCGUUCUCUUGAAAAAUAUCCCAAUGUCCCAAUCAAGCACAGUAUUUUCAUAGUCAGCAAACCAUGUAGUAGAAAUUGUGGCACUGUGGGCAGGUGCUUAGUCACAUAAUUUAAGGGAAUUUGACAUUUCUGCAGAUGAAGCAUGAAAUGUUCUGAAGUCUGGACCUUGAUUUCCAAAUGAAAUGCUAAAUUGACAGUCCAGUUCUUUUUCUUCCUCUCAGGUAAGACUCAUCUGAUGCUGUCUCGAUAUCAGGAAUGGGACACUUGUCUAUUCCCUGGACAUCUGUCAGUGUGGCGGCUCUUGAUGCUCUGACUCUAGCCUCAAUCCGCUCCUUGUGAAGCUCUCCAUAGUUCUUGAGCUCAUCACUGUUUCUCAGUCACCUUUUCCUCCCACACUUUUCCCUUUCAGUCGACUUUCCAUGAAUCUGCUUCCAUACACACUCUGAACAGCCAGCCUUCUCAGCAAUGACCUUCAGUGUCAAUGAUCAUCUCCUGGACUAUCUUCGAGUCAGCAAUCUGCACCUCGAUUGUGGUUGCAUGUUCUGAACUAAACCAAGAGAUACACUGUAUUUAUACUAUACGAUCUGUGAUUUGCUUAAACUCAAAAUUUAUAGAUUUAAAUAGUUUAAGAUUUACUUUUUGUGUAUUUUUUGAGCUAUAGGCCAUGAUUAUCAAUUUAAGAUACAUAAAUGUUUGAUAGUGAAUCACUAGAAUCAGUUCACUAAAAAGAUUCGUUCAAAAGAUUUGUUCACCAAAUCACCAAAUCAUGCAGCGUUUGCGAGGGAUGCACUACUUGUUACAAGCUGUGUCCUAUUGUGUGUGAGUAGUGUGGUGGCAAUUUAGCAUGGAAAAAAAAAAAAGUAGUUUUGUCCGAAAAAAUGAUUCCAGAGAGUGUAGUUCAAUGCGUGAUUCGUUCACCAAGUGAUUCAGGUGUCGGUGCAUGUUGUCCCUCGUUCGCUAGCUGGUAGCCUGGCAAUGCUGUUUCUCACUUCAGCUUAAGUGAGAAACGAACAAAUCACUAGAGGAAGUGAUUCGGUUCAGUACGUUCACUUGAAAGAUUCGGUUCUUUUGAACGAAUCGUUCGCGAACAACACAACACUAAUGUUUGAAACAUCAUAGUUUAGAUAAAGUAAGUCUAGAAUAAACCAAAAAAUUACUUUAUUCAAUUUCAGAUCGAGAAUAUUGAACUCUAUUGAAUGUACCUUUAAUGAAACCACAGAAGUGUCAGGAUUAAUUCACAUGUUUGUGGGAUUUUUUUCCCUUCCAGUGACUAUGUGAUCGAGGAGAAGACAGCAGUGCUGCAGAAGAGAGAGAGUGAAGGAUUUGGCUUCGUCCUCAGAGGAGCUAAAGGUAGAGAUGUGGAUGGUUGGAUGAAUGGAUGGAUGGAUUGACGGAGGGCUGGUGGGUGUUUGGAGGAGUUGGGUAAAGAAAAGAGAAAGAUAUUUAAGAUGUGGUCAAAUCUUCUGAGGGAGAGCAGAAAGCUUUAAAACUCCUCGCUGUAGAGUUUCAUAAGAAUCCUCCGGGUCUCACACUUUCCCUGAAAAGACGAUCAGAGCGGCAUCAGGCGGAUUUUUAUUUUAAAACUAGAAAUGGGCUUUCUCUUGCUGAAGAUGAAUUUCUGUAGGUGUAAAGGAGUAAAUGUGUGGGAGAACUCUCUGGUUCGGCAAGCACUCUGAAAAUGUCUCUUAAAUGAUGUGCUUAGCAGAGAAACACGAGAGAAAGACGUUUAAUCGAACGGUCCUGUGGAAAAGAAAUCUAAAUAACAGCGAUCUUUGUUUGUCAAACUGUUGAUGGGUUUAAAUACUACUAACCCAAGCAACAUGUUUACAGAAGGUUAAGACUGGCAAUGAAACACUUAAGAGUUAGUAGUUAAUAGUUGGCGCUCUCUUUUCAUGUCAUGUUUUAAGCUGAGACCCCCAUUGAAGAGUUCGCCCCCACACCUGCGUUCCCUGCCCUGCAGUACCUUGAGUCAGUGGACCAGGGGGGUGUGGCCUGGAGGGCGGGGCUUAGGACUGGAGACUUUCUAAUAGAGGUAAAACUGACUCAUGUUUGCUUUUUUUUCCCCUUAAAGAUGGAUCAUUCACUCUCAUUACCAUGUCUCUGUUGUGUCUCGUAAUCUGCAGGUGAACGGGACUGACGUGGUGAAGGUGGGUCACCGCCAGGUGGUGUCUCUGAUUCGCCAGGGAGGAAGCCGGCUGCUGAUGAAGGUCGUCUCUGUUUCCAGAAAAUCUGAAACCAACCUCAUCAGGAAGAAAGGUGCAGCAGAUGCUUUUCUGAUUCUAACAAUUUUCAUUCUUUUAUUUUGGAUAAUUUUCUUUUUUGCCGGUUCAUCACUGUUUUUAAAAUCAGGACUUUUAGUGAAGAUUGAGCAGAACGAUUUACUUGAUGUACCCCAAAAUUCAGACGACCAAUUUAUAGCUUGAGUUGUCAUAUCAGUCUCUAUAUCUCACUUUAUAAUACCUCUCAUCUUUUAUUUAUCACUAAGCUCUCUGCAAAGCUCUGUCAAGUGCAUUAAAUGUUUCCCUUACAGCUAUAAUGAAGGUAAUUAUGAUAAUUAUUAGUAUCUGUUUGCUUUAUGUUAAUAUUGCACCAUGUAAUUAAACUGAAAAGAGACAUUGUGUCACUGCUUGUUUAAAACCUGUGAUCUGCUGGGCAAUUUUUCUUGUAGCUCCGCCCCCUCCAAAACGAGCCCCCAGCACCUCACUGACACUCCGGUCCAAGUCCAUGACCGCUGACCUGGAGGAGAUAGGUAAAGCAAACACACUCACUCACCCUCUCUCACACACACACACACACAGACCCACACACACACACAGACCAAGCACAGAGUAUAGUCAAACUGUAGGAGUGUGUUGUUGACCUUUGCUUUGUCUGCAGCCAGGAGGAGACGCAUCGGUGAGUCACAUGACCUGAUGGCGCUGAUGGUGGACAGUGUUUUUGUGGCUUUUUUUUUUUUUUUUUUCAAUGUGUUUCUAUCGUUGUGAUGUCAGACUGCGGGGAUGACAUGAAGUUUGCCUCAUGGCAUGAUGUCGUAGUAACGUCACGAUGUUGUAGUGGUGUCAUGGUGUUUUUAAGUGGUGUUAGUGAUGGUGCAUUGUUGUAACUGUCAGGGCCGUAGCUGACGACACCGAACUGAGUAACAAAAGAUGGAGGACGAGUCACCACCUCCUCCAGUGUCACAAAAGUGGAGCCAAAAUAAAAGCAACAUAUACAUUUCUUCCUUCAAUGUCACUGCUUUACAGCGUGCUGCAGGAGCCUCAUUUUUCAACACGGGUGUCAAUCACUGUGUUGUGCUUUUUGUUAUGGCAUCAAAUAACUUAUUAAAAUAAAGUUGCGAAUACUUGGACACAAUUCAGCAUGAUAAAAAUAACUUAAGUGACUGAAAGCAUGUCUGAGAACAUCUAUUUAAUGUAGUUUUUGAUUUCAUGGUUUUACCCAUGUUCCAUCUGUUAACAUGGAGGGGAGGAAGUGAGCCUUAUGACCAAAACUGCAGCCAGUCAGGAGGGUCAGCUCUAAAUCUUUUGGCUUCAAUUUUGUGCGGCUGUUAUGUAUUCUGUGUUUAUGUAUUCUGAUAUUUUGUUUGGAUACAAUUCCACCCUUAAUGAACGAUUCUUUAAAUGUUUUAUAGAAAAAUAGUUGCGUUUUAUCAGGUGUUGUAUGACUGAAGUGAAAUGGAUUUAAGUAAGUGAAGGAAAGUCUCAGGGGAGAAUUUACUAGGAAUGGAUAACAGCUGUAGAUAGCAAAGAAAUUACCCCUCAUUUGCUAUCUGCUCAGACUACAGAGUUGAAAAUCCCAGGGGACCACAGACAUCAGGAUCAGAUUUUCGCGCUACAAUCCUCUGAACACACAAACUAGACAAUUCUAUAAGACCAUAAGAAUAACAUCCAUGCUUUUUGGAUGUUUGGGUGGCCAUAAACCCGGCCUAAAAUCAUCUGGUGUGAGGCCAGCGUUUGCCCUAAGGUCCAAUUUAUAAAGUAGAUAUUUAUUAUAUAUUAGGAUUGUCUAGAAGUGUAAUUCUUGAUCACCAAGAAGAUUUAACAUGGUGAUACUUAGAAUUGCUUCGGUGCAAUUGCUAAUUUCCACUUGGAAUUUGGUUGAUGGUUAGGAUUUUGCUCCAACAUUUCCAUCAUCUAAUUUUUAAAUAAUUUUGACUCAGAUGUUUUAAGUGGAAUAGGCAAAAUCAGCACUUUUAUGAUUUUCCAUAGACCUCCUCAGUCUUGCUACGGCCCUGCUAACUGAUGUUGUAAUAUUGCCAUGGUGUCACGGUUAACACAGUUGGUGUCACGUUAUUCUUGUGCUUGUAUCGUGUUGCCAUGAGUGAGUGUUUGAGCACUGUGUAUCUUUUCAUUGACAUUGUCUGAAUGUGUCUCCUCCUUGCAGAGAAACUGGACGAGAUGUUGGCCGGAAGUCAACAGGAGGUAGUUCUGAGGGCCCGGCCGGCGGACGACUUCAGAGCAGCGACGGUGAAACAGAGACCGACGAGCCGCCGGAUUACUCAGGCUGAGAUUAACGUGAGACAAAUCGUUUCAAUUUGGUUCACUGACUUUACAUUCCAGAUAAGAACUCUCAGAUUUAAACUUUCUUUGUGUUUGCAGUCGUUGUUUGAGCGUCAGGGUCUUGUGCCACCCACGGCUCCCGAGAAGAGCACCAUGGCUUUACCUCGAGGAAUGUCCAGAACCAAAAGCUUUGGUGAGGAAUUACACAAGACUGACAAAACCAUUUCAUGAAACAGACUAAUAUCUAUCUAUGAUCAAUAGAAGCAAGCCAGACCACCAGGAACUAGAUAGACUGUUUCAAAGGAGUUAUUUAAACUCGUGAAACCGUUAAUGUAGAGAAGAUAGAGGGGGCACCUGAACAGACUUGGUUUGUAGAAGAACUUUGCCUUUUUUUAAAUUACUACAAUUGUCUGUUGUCAAUUAUUAACCCUGAUAGGCACACCUGAGGAUGAUAGGAUCACGGCUCUGAUCAACGAAAGCCGGUUUCCACGGAGCUCAUCACUGACAGACAGCUUCAUCCCUCCUCCUCCUCAAACAGCUCCACCCCCACCUCCAUCCGCCUCCUCCACCUCCUCGAUUUUCCUCCUAGACUCUGGCCCUCCUCCCUCCUUCCUCCCCCCUCCUCCUCCAGCGAGAGGGGAGGGGCUUACCCGUUCCAGCUUCAAGCCAGGGACGGAACCAAGACUCCAGGAACUCUCCGACACACCAUCAAGGAGUCACGCCCACGCUGAGCGGCAGAGGAAGGCGAGGUCAAUGAUCAUCCUGCAGGAUAUGCCGCCACAGCUGCAAACUGAUGGACACGGUGCCACGCACACGCUACACACUGCCACGCACACAGCCACGCACACGCUUCACACCGCCACACACACCUCCACCUUGUCCCUCCACAGCACUAGUCCCGCCCUCGGUCAUUCACCGCUGUCACGUCGCCGGGGAAGACCAAUAGAAAAUCCUUAUGCUAAUGUUGGACAGCAAGCUGCGCCCUCCAAGCCACAGAGAAGGAAGUCACCCUUGUUGAAGCAGCUACCUGUUGAAGAGCAGGGUUAGAAUCGCUCUGACCUGUUGCCUAUAUAAGUUCUACUGUUACAGAUGUGUUACACUAGUAAAAUGACUGUGUACAUAAUUGACUCUUGCUAGCAUGAUUCCACUGUUCUUUCUUGAAGCAUCAAUGUCUGGCUUUUCAGAUAUUUUGUGAGAAUCGCAUCCUUCAUGUUAGUCUGACUCCUUUGUUUCUUUUCCCUUGUAGGACUUGGAAUGAAGGAUCACGAUCCAACCAAAUUAGACAUUCCCAGUAGCCCCAGUAGGGCAGAGCUGUACCAGCAGCAGGUUCUUUCAGAGCGCGCUCGAGUUCAAGGCCGCAGGUCGUCUCUCUUUUUGUCCGUGGAGGGAUCUGGUUCAGAAAAUCAAGUACCACCCCUUCUGACUCAGAGCCACUCAAUGGAUGACCUUGGAGAGCUUCCCCCACCAGCCCCUGUCCUGUCGCCCUCACCAACACCUCACACCUUCCUCCAUCCACUGACGGGGAAACCUCUGGGUCAGUCUGACAGCAUGGCCACAAGUGACCUUUCCUUUGUCUUGUUUUCAAGAGUCUUGCCACGCUUCAUUAAAUGGUAACAAUUAAGUUUCAACAACCAAUUCUGGAAAAUAUCAACUAAAUCUUCGGAAACUUGCCUGAGUAGAGGGUAACCCUUUACCUUGCCUGAGGUACCUGAUAAGAAAAAUAGGUGGACAUUGGUCAGGGCCUUGAGGUACUGCACAACAUUAUCAUGGACACAAGGUACACCCUUGAGUUGCACUGCAAGAUAGAACAGGGUACCCUAGUUCGAUGCCAGGGGUACUUAAGUGAUAGACAAAGGGGGUCCUUGACCAAGGGGGUCCUUGACCAGAUCCCAACUAUUAUCCACAAAGCAUAAAAGAGGACCAAAGACAAAGCCCUGUGGUAAUCAAGAAAGAGAGCUAUGCAAGUGCCUUGUUACGCCAUAAAGUGGGAAAGUAUUGGGACUAAUGCUGUGUUCCAGUUACCUCGGUACUCAGAUGUCGGAUUUGGGAAUGAUGCUACACCCCAGUUGACAGCGUUCCAGAUAACAAGUUGGUAAACCAAGAUGGACGCAUGCAGUUACCCAGUUACCCGUGUUCACAGUUAGACGUUGGGCAGUACAACAUAUACCACUUAUUUGAUUUCACAAAAAAACAAGUGCUAAUAAAUACAUUACGAGAGCUUUCACUGUUAUGUUUUAUUGUUGAUGCAAUGCGCUGCCAUCUUGAAUUAUGAUGUUGUCGCCAAGUCUGUGUUGGCGUGGAUCAUCCAACUUUUCGAGUCAGAAAUCCAACUUCAGGGGGGCGUUCCAGCUGAAUUUCCAACUCGGAGUUCAGAAAUACUGACUUCCAAGUACGACUGGAACGCAGCAAUAGUCCCCAGCCCAAUACAGCCACUAAUGAAGACAGAGGGUUGAGUACAGAGCCUUUAUAAUAAAAGCGGACAUGCAAGUCCCUUGGCCAAACAGCAUGCUCCUUUAACACAGUAUGAACAUGUGCUACUAAAGUGUUACUUCUGCUAGAAUCCAGGAGUACUCUAAAAUUUGUGCAGAGUCUUAGAUAGAGCCUUGAGGUAGUCUACAAAUUCCAGGAGCUUAGGUGCAGCAUUGAGGUACCCUGCAAAAUAGGAUGGUACCUUGGAAUUACCCCAGAAUGGAGCCCAGGGUUACUUUCUACAGAUUUGAAGGAUCUGUAUCCUCCUACUGUAGGUACUGCACAAAACAAGGGAGGACAUAUGAUAAAGUCUUGAUACACCCAAACAAGGUGUGCUUUACAAAAGAAAACAGUCAGCCAGGAGAUACUUACACAAACGUGAAGGUUGAAGUUGUUUUUUUUUUAUGGGAAUCUAAAGCCUUGCACUCAAUAAAAUGGAAGGAGCUCAAGGUCAGGUUCCUGAAGUACAUUAACACAUAGUAAAGGAAUAGUGACAAAGACUGGUGGUACUCCACACAGAAGAAGAUCUAUAGGAGGAUCUAAGAGCUUUUAGGUCCUUCAUUAUAUUGGGUAGGACCGAAGGUCUUUUGACUUAGCAAGGUUUAGGGGAUGAGUUUAUGAUGUGAAUUUACUGAGAGGUCAAGUUUAUUGAGUAGGUCAUACACUCGGUAGCAGUGCCUGCAUCUUGAACAAUGUGUUUGCACUUGAGAAACCUUUGCAACCCAAAUGUCUGUCUGUGAUCUUCUCUUCUCUCUGUAGACCCUUCGUCACCGCUUGCCCUGGCACUUGCUGCUCGAGAACGGGCGCUAACUGCCCGAACGCCAAGCCCAGAGCCACGACUUAAACAUGUUUCUGCAUCCACAACACCUAUCCCCACCCCUGCUGCAAGCCCAGAGGGUAGACAUAAGCGAACCCCUAUUCCCACUCCACAGAGUAGCCCUGAGCCAAGAUCCAAACGUACCACCCCUCAGACAAGCCCUGAGCAGCGGACCAAGCGCACUACCCCCCAGACUAGUCCUGAGAUGAGGCAUAAACGAAUUACUCCACCUUUAUUCCCUGAGGGACAGGUGGAGCGUCCAGAAACAGAGGGAGGUGUUACAUCACCUGCAGUCCCAUCUCCUGAACGCUGGAGACCCACCCCCUUACCUACCCUAUCCAAUGAGACUCAUCCAUCCCUGAUUGACAGGCGGCGAAGCCUCACAGUGGGCAGCUCAGAGGAGGAUGGUGGGACUUAUACAGUUACACUUCCUCCAGCAUUGUUGUCAUCGAGUGAUGAGGAGACAAGGGAGGAACUUCGUAGAAUUGGCCUAGUAACUCCACCCCCAGCCUUUGCAAGCCCUACUGCCCCUCCACCUCCAACCUCCCUCACUUUAUUCUCACGACGGGUUGGGGAGGGAGGGGGAGAGGGUCCUGACUCCUUGGGUAGACGUGGAGAUGAAGAUGAUGGAAGUGAAGAACGGCUCAUUGAGAGCACCUCCCCCAGCUCGCUCCCUCCCUCUAUAACCUUGGCCUCUCCUCCUGCUCCAUCCUCCCCCACCUCCCCUUCUGCUACACAACCGUCCCCCUCCUCUCCUGCAACCUCCCCAAUUGCUCUAAAGCCACGCCUUCGUUCACCUAUCGGUCGGGGACGCUCUGCGCUCCGAGACCCACUGCUUAAGCAAUCAUCAGACAGUGAGCUCCUCCCAUCUGUUGCGUCUUCUUCCUCCCCUUCCUCCCCACUGUGUUCCUCCCCAACUGGCGGAGGCAGCAGACAGCCUCGAUAUCUGUUCCAGAGGAGGUCAAAGUUGUGGGGUGGUGGGGAUGAACGUGGGGAUGAGCGGCGAGGCCUAAGCCCGGAGGAAGGCCGUCCAGCAGCACUGGGAGGUCAGGGUUCAGGGUCAGCUGUGGAUCUGUCGAACAGGUCGGCAUCAGCACUGGAGCUGAGUGGCAGAGCAGGAUCUGGGUUGGAUCUUGCAAAUCGGCUGCAGUUGCUCAACAAAGACAGUCACUCUCUUGGGGAAGAGCCAAGUCCCCUUGAUCCAGGGCGGAGGUCACCAGUAGGAGGUGCCAGGUACAUGAAACUACUUUCCUUUGCUGAAUCCGUCAUGUUUGUUCACUUGAUAAUCCAUGUAGGUGCGUAAAGGUAAUUGUGCCGUAACAGGAUCUGUUGUUUGUGUUGUUCCAGAUGUGUGAACAGUGGAGAGAGUAAAUCGUAGGUUUUUGUCUCUGGUAAUAAUUUCUCGUUAUUGCUAACAGAUAAUUCUCUGCUGCUAACAGCAAACUAACAUCCACCCUCUUCACAGAAAUCUUUGAACUUAAUCUCUGAAAUCUUUAUCCAGUCAGUUUUGGAUUAAAAUCUGUGAUUUGGCCAUUUGGUGAAAAUACCCCCCGUAUGAUUUAUUUUUCUGGCUUCCUAACUCAAUGAGACCUUUUAAGCUUUGUACUCCAUAACAUUUGGUAAGCAUGGUGAGGUGAAUGAAAUUUGUGUCGCCUAUUGGUGAAUGUUUGUAAAAACCGAGACUGUCCACAGUCCGGAGUCUUCAAGAAUACCUCAAUCAUACAGUCUGCUUUUGACAUCUCGAGACCAAGUUUCAAAGUCUGCAUGCGUCACAAGAGUGAUUUAUUAGAAACAAUAACGACAGAGAGAUGACAAAUCGACGUCCAGUAGACGCUCUGGUAAGUUUCUCGAUAUUUGUUGGUUUUAUUCAUGUAUUGUUUAUUGUGUUAUAGGUUGUUCUCCAGUCUGGGUGAACUCCACACUAUUUCCCAGCGAGGAUUUGGGGCCAGCUAUACAGUCCGACCUGGGAGCCGCUACCCUGUCACUCGCCGGAGUCCUUCCCCUUCUCCCUCCCCCUCUGAAAGGCCACUGGGGCACACUUCCUCUGGUUCUGAAAGGCCAGACUUGAGCUCGGGUCGAGGUUUAACCAUCCUGAAGUCGUCCAGUCUAAGUCUCCCCUCAGAACCGAAGGAAGUUCGUUUUGUGAUGCGAAGUGCCAGCGCACGAACCAGGUCCCGUUCACCCUCACCCUCACCCCAUGCCUCUCCCUGUCCCUCCCCAGUCCUUAGCGGGCCCUUGUUAGCCCUUCGACCAUGGAGACAGCGACCCCUCAACCUGUGGAAUAAAUAUGAUGUAGGUGAUUGGCUGGAGAGCAUUGGCCUGGCCGAACACCGUCAGCGCUUCCAGGAGCACGAGAUCGAAGGCUCCCAUCUCCCUGCCCUCACCAAAGACGACUACGUGGAACUGGGCGUCACCAGAUUGGGACACCGAAUCAACAUUGAGAGGGCACUUAGACAGCUGCUAGAUGGUUCUACUUGA